AUGUCGACCUCUACCUCCGUUACCACCGCUCAGCAGGUUGGAUCCGUUCGCCUCGCGGCCGAGGUUGAGAUUGGAUCCGCAGCCAACGACGCGACAUUCCAAGGCUCUGCUCGCGGCACUCGUGAUGGACGUUUGAAGCUGGGUGGGAUCCCCACCUUCUCUGACCCACUGGAACAGCGACAAUGGAUGAAAGAACACAUGGCGGCAGCAUUUCGAUACUUCGGCAAGCUUGGCUAUGGCGAAGGCAUCUCGGGUCAUAUCUCGAUGCGAGACCCUAUUUUGAAGGAUCAUUUCUGGAUGAAUCCUUACGCCAAACAUUUCUCGUUAAUGAAGGCCUCCGACCUUGUUCUUGUUGAUGACAAGGGAUACGUCACCGAGGGAGGUGCGCAGAGCCCUAUCAACGAGGCUGGUUUCAUGAUUCAUUCCGAGAUCCACAAGGCUCGUCCAGAUGUAGUUGCCGCUGCUCAUACGCAUGGCGUGUAUGGUAAGACAUGGAGUGCUUUUGGCAAGCCAAUUGAGAUGCUCACACAGGAUGCCUGCAACUUCUACGGCAAAGUUAGCGUUUACACGAAGCACGGCGGUGUUGCGCUGUCUCAAGAAGAAGGCCGAGAAAUCGCCGCAGCUUUAGGAAAGGAUAACUUUGCCUGCAUUUUGCAGAACCACGGUCUUUUGACCGUGGGUCACACCGUGGAUGCGGCAGCUAUUCUGUAUUCCAUGCUUGAGAAUGCUUGUCACGGUCAGCUUCUGGCCGAGGCAGCUGCUGCCAACGGCAUCCCUAAGCAGAUUAUUAGCCAUGAGGCGGCUCAGCACACGGCAGACUUCGCUCAGAACCCGCAUAACCUUUAUACGGAGUUUCAGCCGGAAUAUGAGUUGGUCGUGGAAGAAAGCAAUGGAAAAGUUUUGCAGUAA